AUGCCUCCUUUAAAGUUUGCUUGCUGGCUAGCACUCGCUGUUUGGACUUUAAUUAUGCUGCCGCAAAUCGCUGCUUUCGACAAGUUCUUUCCCAAGUGGCAAAAUGACACUCUUUGUGUUGAAAAGUAUCCCUCAGAGGGCAGUUUUAUCACCUACAGACUGAUUACCCUGCUGUCCUUCAUCAUACCCCUGAGCUUCAUUGUUGGUCUCCACAGACAGACCGUCCACUCGCGGAUGGCAAUCAACUCGCUUUUAUUUGAGGAAAAGAGGAGCAUCAGGGGUCUGCUCACCCUUCUGGUGAUCGUAUUUGUCACGGUGUUGGGGCCCUAUCAUGUUAUCGGCUGUGUGAAGUACAUCGGAUUGCUGAUGCACGGCAGCACGUGUGUGUGGGAGAGGGCUGUUAUGCCCUAUCAGCUGGGGAGAGGCUUUUUGAGUCUAAACAGCCUGCUGGAUCCCGUGUUUUACAUCUUUCUCCGGAGAGACUUCCGCGCUGCUGCUGGGAACUACCUGCCCUGCCUGGGGAGAAUCAGGAGCGGAUCAUUUCAGACAGAAGGGUCAACAAACACCACUGAAGAGCACGAUUAA